ACGGCCCCGUCGCCCUCUCACUCCACUCCAUGCACGACACGAGCGCCACGACCCACGGCACGAGGGUGGCGCACCGCGUCUCCAAAUCCAAAACCAACGCGAGCACGAGUCGGGGACGAGCAGCUCCACAACAAUUCGUGCCUGCCUCCCUGCCUCGGCCUCCUCCCUCGUCCUCCCCUCCUCCGCCGCCUCAAACCCGGCCCCCUCGCGCGCGUGCGCGGCGCUCGAGGCGACGAAUCCAGCCACCUCCUCCGCACCCAUCCCCGCCGCCGGUCGCCGAUAUUGGAAGGAGCUCGGAAGGCUGGGACGCUGACCCGAAUUUUAUGGGGAGAGGAUGCCAGAGCUGCGAAGCAAUACUCGUCAAGCACGCUUAAGGUCUAAGAAGCUUGACGAUCUGCAGCCAGGAGAGCCGCUUGCGAAACCGGUGUCACCUGCUCUGCCGAGCGCACGGAAGCGUGCUCCUACACGUGCUGCUAGGGGCAGAAAGGGUGCUGCUGGGAGAGGAGUGCCUCCCGCACCAAAGCCUAGAAGAAAGGGGGUUGAUAUUGUCGUCUUAGAAGCUGAUCCUGCUUGUGAAACCCCACUUAAAGCUUUCAAGGGACUGGAAGUUGCUGCUGCUGCGCCCAAGAACCUUCCUUUGAAGCAGGUAGCCGAAGUUGGUGUUCCGAAAAUGAAUGGUGAAAGUGGGGAGAAGAUUGUUGGGGCUGAAGAUGAAUCGACAGCUACACCUGUCCCAGAAAGGGUUCAAGUAGGUAAUUCUCCAGAGUACAUAACUGACAGGAAGUUAGGUAAAGGUGGUUUUGGUCAGGUGUAUGUUGGUCGAAGGGUUUCUGGUGGUGCUGCUCGCACUGGUCCUGAUGCAUAUGAGGUUGCAUUGAAAUUCGAGCAUCGUAACAGUAAAGGAUGCAAUUAUGGCCCCCCAUAUGAGUGGCAAGUUUAUAACACUCUCAAUGGUUGCUAUGGCAUACCAUCGGUCCACUACAAGGGUCGUCAGGGCGAAUACUAUAUACUUGUAAUGGAUAUGCUUGGUCCCAGCCUUUGGGAUGUGUGGAAUUCGAUGGGGCAGGCGAUGACUCCAAAUAUGGCUGCUUGCAUUGCUGUAGAGAGCAUAUCAAUUCUUGAGAAGCUCCAUUCUAAAGGGUUUGUGCAUGGUGAUGUGAAACCAGAGAAUUUUCUGCUUGGUCAGCCUGGAUCGCCUGAAGAUAAGAAGCUUUACCUUAUAGAUCUUGGUUUAGCAUCCAAGUGGAGAGAGAAUAAUGGUCAUCAUGUUGAUUAUGAUCAACGGCCUGAUAUCUUUAGGGGAACAAUUAGAUAUGCGAGUGUCCAUGCUCAUUUGGGGCGCACUGGUAGUAGGAGGGAUGAUUUAGAGUCACUGGCAUACACCCUUAUUUUCCUGAUAAGAGGAAGAUUACCUUGGCAAGGCUACCAGGGAGAUACCAAGAGUUUCCUUGUUUGCAAGAAGAAAAUGGCUACUUCUCCGGAGAUGCUUUGUUGUUAUUGUCCAGCUCCAUUCAAACAGUUUCUUGAGAUUGUCACAAAUAUGAAAUUUGACGAAGAGCCAAAUUAUGCCAAGCUUAUCUCUCUUUUUGAUGGUUUGAUUGAAGCGCCUGCUUCGAGACAAAUCAGAAUUGAUGGGGCUCUCAAGGUUGGACAGAAACGUGGAAGAUUGGUUGCAGAUCUAGAAGAAGAUGAACAACCUAAAAAGAAGGUUAGAUUAGGGAGCCCAGCGGCUCAAUGGAUUUCAGUUUAUAAUGCUAGGCGGCCCAUGAAGCAGAGGUACCAUUACAAUGUGGCUGACUCGAGGCUAAGCCAACAUAUAGAAAAGGGCAACGAUGAUGGGCUUUACAUUAGCAGCGUGGCUUCCUCGGCAAACCUUUGGGCACUCAUCAUGGACGCAGGAACUGGUUUCUGUUCUCAGGUUUAUGAGCUCUCACCAGUUUUCCUCCACAAGGACUGGAUAAUGGAGCAGUGGGAGAAAAGCUACUACAUAACAGCAAUUGCUGGAUCAUCCAACGGGAGCUCAUUGGUUGUCAUGUCCAAAGGAACUCCUUACACCCAACAAUCAUACAAGGUUAGCGAGUCGUUCCCUUACAAGUGGAUCAAUAAGAAGUGGAAAGAAGGGUUCCAUGUGACAUCCAUGGCCACCGCUGGGAAUCGCUGGGGCGUAGUCAUGUCAAGGAAUUCAGGGUUCUCUACUCAGGUUGUAGAGUUGGAUUUCCUGUACCCCAGCGAGGGCAUCCACCGGCGCUGGGAGAGCGGCUACAGGAUAACUUCCACGGCAGCCACCAACGACCAAGCCGCUUUCAUCCUGAGCAUGCCGAAACGGAAGCCGAUGGACGAGACACAGGAAACGCUGCGGACCUCCGCCUUCCCCAGCUCACACGUCAAGGAGAAAUGGGCCAAGAACCUCUACAUCGCUUCGAUUUGCUUCGGGCGGACCGUGUGCUGAUCGCGCGCGCCUGGGAAAUGGAAGUCGAAGCGAGGGCCACCGAUCCGGUACGGUGGCGCCUCGCAUCAAGAGAUGCGAGAUGGGGCGUCAAGUCGAAACCAGUUCUAAUGAUAGGAUCAGUGUAUCUCUGAAGAUACGGUAUGGGUUACCCUACCGUAUUUGUAAAGUAAUGAUGCCGGCCGAACGACCUUUCCUAACGCGUUUGGGCAGAAAUUCGUUGCUGUCACCAUAUUUUGACGGGAGUUUCUCCCGUGUUGUCGGUAGAAAUUUGCGUGUGCACUCUUCCCGUUUUGGCGCCCAUGCGAUGUGUUUCACCCGAUGUAUCGCUGGGCUUCCUGUUUCGUGACUCGUGAGCCGCAAUGUCUGGUGGCCUGCCGACUCCGGUUGGCAUUUUAUUUUGAGAGACGUAGAUAAAUUGAAUUGAUUGAAUAUUUAGAGCUCA